CAUGGAAAUGCCCUCAGGCACUAUGCCUUAAGCCAAUCAAACAUAAUGUCUUUGUUGUGAAAUGUCAUAACAUCUCCAUGACCUUAGUCUGUUUUUUAAAGAAGUCAACAUAAUGAGAUUGGAGUAAAAUGGAAUGUCCUGCACUGAAACAAGUGAGACACAACUACCUUCUUGGCCCAAGGUUUUGGAAAUGAAGACCAAUGUUUGGGUAGUUGGGGCCUGCAGUAGAGGGGCGAGGAGGGAAAAGGUGGGGUCCCUGGCUUGUCCGUCUUUGUGAGUGUUUAGGGUUGAGAGCAGCACCCACCCCUGCUGCUUGGCUGCUCUCCAUGUGCCGAGGACCCUGGGAAUGAAUGGUGCCCGGGCACUGUCUUUCUUUGAAGCCAGCCAGGAAUGCGAGGCCCUUUUUUUCCUUUUUUUUUACGGCACUAACUAUCUGCGGUGCUCAUUGUUCAUCAGCUAGGCGGACGGACGUCACAGGCAUGCAAUAGCCGCCUCCUGUCUUGGUCUUGGGGGAGAAGGACUCACUGGAACUUUACAUUUCCUCCUGGUAACUUGUUUUGGUCCUUCUUUCACCAAUAGAUUCACCAGUAGAUUACUACUAAAGCUAUCUGAAUUGUAUCUUAAAGUCAAGUGCUAACUUGGAAAUAUUUUUUUUUUUUUAAUUUCAUGUGGAAUCAAAAGUGUGAGCUCUCAUACCAACAACUUUGUCAAAGGAUUUGGAGUUAUUGAAAAAGCAGACUACUGAAGAAGCUUAGAAAAGAAGGCAGAAAAUGACCUGAAUUCUCAGAAGUGAAAGAUUAAGCUAAAUGUGUCCGUAUCACUCCCAUUUCACCUGGGUCCACGCUUCAGUUUCCACUGCCAGAUGGAUUCCUAUAAUUUCCACUUUGAGAGAAUGAGCAACCUGGACCUGCACCCUCUGAGCCUACCAUUGAGUCGGCUCUCCCCAGCCAAGUCCACCAGCAGCAUCGACCAGAUCACCCACCAGCACGGCAAGGGAGACUCAGCCUACAGCUCCUUCUCUGGGGGCUCCAGUGCCCCGGAAUAUCCGUCCCCCCUCCUUUCAGACGACCUCCAGCACCACAGCCUGCACUACACAGACCUGAAGUAUGUGAAGGCCAUCUACCACCCCAACGUCCUCGACUCUGACGCCAAGAGCAUGGAUCAGCUCUACCGCUCGGUGGAAGCCAUCUCAAACCAGUACCGCCACAACGAUGGCUGCCUGAAUGCUUCACAGUACUGUAAUCAGAAUCAGGAAACGCUACCGCCCCCUCCUCCCCUGCCGCCUCCACCCCCCGCCCGCCUGGACAGCUUCAUAGCCACCAGGAACUUGGAGAACUGCAGGGCACAGCAUGGCCCCGAGGGCCAGCUGGCAGACAGGCCACCUCCACAGCCCCAGACAAAUAAUUCUGAUGCUGCCUGUCUCAAGCCUGACCUAGUCUAUGGCCGCCGGGCCUCACAGCCCUAUCACAGGGACCCAGUGGACCCUGACCACACAGUUAAUAACACUGAGCAACAAAAGUCAGCAAACAUCUUAAGCCGAUCACCCCCUCGCACGAGUCAGCCUGAGCACCCCAAACAGCAGUCUGGUAGCGGCGAUGGCGGGCACUUGGAGGGUCAGCGCAAGAGGGCGCACUUGGCCCACGGCUCCCUCAUGCCGGAGCAGCAGCGGUCCGCCAGCCCCUGGCAUGUGGCACAGAACAUGGUCAACAGCAGCAUCCAGCACCAUGGCCAGUUCUACUUCGUUACAGGUGUUUGUAAGUCCAGUGUGAAGCAUGGCUCUCUGUGUGUGCCAGAGGUGGGCAGUGAGAGCCCUGUGCCAGUGCCAGUGGAGACCCACAGGCUGGUGGAGAGGGAGAGUUCACACAACACCAUGGACAACAUGUUCAGGAACACCCAACUGAUGCACCACAGCACCCAUGACACCGCAACAACCAACGACAGGGAGUUUUACACCAAGAGUCAAGAUGAGGAGAAACUGAUUCAGAGUAGAAUUUCAUACGGCCCCUCUCACAUUUCAAACCAGGGCUCGUGCAGUUUCGAUGCCUUAGAGCAAAGUCACAAGGUCCAGAGCAGAGAGAUCGGCAGGCAUCACAGCCCCAACCACCACAUCUUCUACUGCGGCCCAGAGGAGAACUGUCCUCCAUUAUCAAACUUCCAUAACCUGGUAGUCCCUCCUCCAAUCAGCAUGGAGCAGGCCAACCACCACAAGAGAGACAAACAGGUCAAGAGAGGGAGGAGGCAGCCGUUAGGAGACGUUGCCAGCAAAAAAAUCAACAAGGAAACCACCCCGCUUCUGUACCACCUCACUGGAGCCAACAGGGUGGCGCUGAGUUUGCACAAGCCCAAAAAGGACAUUGAGGUCAGUGUGAAAGAUGCAGGCCUGAACACAACCCCCAUUAACUGUAGUGAUACGACACCACAGGGUGAAACAUCCAAGGAAGAGAGAGUGGAGGCUACCUCCCACCCCAGCAACACCCUGGAUGACUCCUUCAAGAAGUACUACAAGGAGAAACUGAAGGACGCCCAGUCUAAGGUGCUCAGGGAGACCUCCUUUAAGAGGAGGGACCUGCAGCUGUCCUGGCCCCACAGAGUGAGGCAGAGGCCUGAGCUCAGGCCCACAGUACUUCACACUGUCUCCUCUUCACAGGACUCUGAGACCUCAACAGACACACUCACCCCCUCCCCAACACAUUCUGAGGGGACAGAUGAGGAGAACAUAAAGGAAACGGUGAAGGAGGUUGAGAAAGUGAAAGAGAGCCUGGUGGUAAAGGACAGUGAAAAGGAAAACGGGAGACCAGCGAACGUUGCCCAACCUCAGGUGGCUCGAAUCAGGGGAAGGAAGCGCCUGACUCCAGAGCAGAAGAAGCUGUGCUACUCCGAGCCGGAGAAUCUGAACCAGCUGGGUGACACACCCUCCCACCACACAGCCUGCCGUUCCCUGGGCAACGAAAGUGAAGGAGGCCUGCUAGUGCUCUCAAGCGAGGAGGGGGAGCUGGGAGAACAGGGCCUGGUGGCAGCUAGGAGACAGAUGUUUGAAACCAGAGGCAGGGCCAUGUCUGCCUCCAGCCUCUCCAAGACAUCCCUGAAGAACCUCCAGCACAAGGCCCUGGUGGCCUACAUGGAGCGCAAGACGGGACACAAGGUGGCUGAGUCCCAGCAGCCCACCCCUCAAGUCUCUCAAGUCCCCAGCCAGAGGCACUCCACGGCUGGGAAGCCUUUUGACUGGGAUCCCAGGCCUCAGUCUGGGAAUAAAGAAGGCCCCAAGAAGAAGCUGCACAGGCCCCACUCCGCUGGCCGCAUCCUAGACUCAACCUCCAGCUCGAUAAGGUACUCACAGUUCAGCUCCAACUCCACCCAGGCCCGAGGUUAUUCCCAACAGGCCAGCUGGAGAGAGUCACCCAGCCCCUCUCAGGGGAAGUCUGCCUCUGUGGAAAGUCUUCUGGACCAGCCUGAACCACCUGAGUUCUUCAGAAAUCGUUCCACCUCAACGCCCCACGCAUUUCAGGGUCACAACUACAUGAAUGAUCCCUCACCAGUUAAUACUUUGGACACUUCCAGUGCUCAGACUCCGAGGCCAUUAGAUGAGGAGACGGUGGUAAUGAGGAGAGGCCAGGCCAUGUCGGUCCCUGAGGGUCAGCGGGUCCGGGUGGUGGCCCAGCGGGGGAAGUCCAUGGAGGAGCUGGGUAUGUCCCAGGUCAGCCGCUCCCUGGUCCUUAAUAAGAGCUCUGAGCAGCUGGACCAGCUCUGCAGUAGGCAGAUGGGCCCAGGACCAGGCCAGGAGAAGAGGAUCGUCUCAUUCUUCGGCGAGGGCCAGGAGAAAGCCCAGAGGCAGACCAAGAGGAAGCCCCUCUUCAAGCAAGAAUCUGCACCACAGCUGGGCAGCGAGGAAGACAAAGAGGAGAUGACUAAAAGCACCAGGGAGUCUAGUGAGUCUGUCUCCCCGGCAUGGAGAACCUCGUCUCGGGUCAGGACUCGCUCAGAUGGCUCCCCCAGAUCAUAUGACUUUGGCCCCCUCGUUAAAGAUGAGAUCGAGACCACUAUGCGACCGUUAUGCGACGUCCCACUCCCACCGUCCCAUAACGGUCAGGAGUCCAGUGAGAGAGCGGUCAAGUCUACCUCAACUUCUCCCUCCAUACCCAUCAAUCCUAGGGGCACUAGCGAGAGCAAGACUGGCUCCAGAGUGAAGACCACCCGUCCUUUACACCACUCUGUGGUGAGAGAGCAGUCAGUGGACGAGCCCAGUGUGAGUCCCAAGUCCCCUCAAGAAGUCUCCCUGAGCUGUGGAGUCACCACAGACCCCACUCUGUGGAUCAUACCACCUGAACCAGGGAGCAAAGACAAGGGCGAGGACUCAGCACUUUCUGAUUAUCUGGCCAAGGGAGAAACUCCAAAUCUAGCCCCUGCUCCGGCAGCUUGUGAGCCCCUUACAAUUUCCUCCACCACACCAGUCCCUGACACUGACACUUCCCAGAGUGGGGAGGGCGAGCAACCAGAGGAAGAAAAGGAAACCGGUGCGGUGGAGGAGGAGACCCCAGCAGGCGAGACAGAGAGCCCAGAAAAGACACCAACCACAGAGGAGUCAAAGUGGGAGGAGCUGGUGGAGGAGGUGGUCACAGCGGACCAAUCGCUGGCUCGGGUGCUGCACCCGUUGACCAAUCGUAAGACGGCGCUGAUGCUAAUGGAGCAUCUACUGUCGGAGGACACUCUGCUGAUGGAGGAGCACUAUAAGAAGAAGCAGGAGCAGAGAGAUGCUGCAGACAGCUCUGAAACAGUGGAUGAUGCUGAAGCACCUCCCACAUCUCCUGAUGAUGAUGAUCAAAUCCAACCCCAACCAGAGCCACUGAGCAAGGCGGAUGUCACGGAGAAGAAGAGGCUGCUGGUGGCGUGUAUUGAGGAGCGCCUGCGGGCCCUGGAGGAGCCCUGUGGUGCCCUGCAGGUGGAGAUGCGUGAGAAUGGGGUGUGGGGCGAGGCCGUGGAGGCCCUGGUUCGGGAGCGAUGUACGCCCGUGGAGCUGGAGCGCUACAGCCUGUUCAUCGGAGACCUGGAACGCGUGGUCAGCCUGCUGCUGUGUCUGUCCUCUCGGCUGGCCCGCGUGCAGAACGCCCUGAGUACCGUGGACCAGCACACAGACGAAGAGGAGAAGGAUUCUCUGGACAACCGUCACCGUCUGCUGUGCAAGCAGUGGGAGGACGCCAAAGACCUGAAGGACAACCUGGACAGACGGGAGAGGAUGGUGUCUAACUUCCUGUCUCGCUGCCUGACGGCCGAGCAGCUACAGGACUACCAGCACUUCGUCCAGACCAAGGCCUCGCUCCUCAUCAGGAUGAAGGACCUGGACGAGAGGCAACGUCUGGGGGAAGAGCAGCUGGAGUCCCUGCUCAACACCCUUCCUCCCUGGGGACCACCAUUAGGCCCCCAUCCUAGUCUCUCAUCUCCCCCAGAUGUCCAUCAACUCUCUGGGCUUAUAGAGCCCUGAAUCGCCUCUACUUCAUCCAUCCUGGGCUGUCACCAGCCAGCAAAAUUACAUGGAUGUCUGUAAAACAACAAAGGAGUCCCUCAGACUCCAUCUGUCCAUAUGUAUGUAUAAGGAAUAUCUGUGUGCCUUUAGAGGGGUGUAGAAGUUAGGACUACAGUGUGGAAUGUUCAGUAUAUCUAUUAUCACUAUAAUUUUAUGUCCUUUUCACCUCCGCCUUUGACUAUGAAAAACAAUAUAAGCUUUAAGAUUGUAUUCUGGCCUGGAAGUAGUCUUGUUGAUCAAUCAUACUGUACUGUAUGUGUCUGUCUGAAGCCUGGUGAGUGAGGAUAGCCUGAUAAGGUUGCUAAAAUACUGUAUAUCUCAGUCAAAGUAGGUGGUAGAUUUAAUCUUGUGUUUUUUUUACGCAUUUAAAAUGAAGGCACUAUAGAUGAAAACCAAAAAGGUGAAUGAAAAAAGCACUUUGAUAUGUAACUGCACAUUUCUGUUUUCUUUUGAAAACACUAAGUUCAAAAGCUAAGCCUUACUCCAUCCAAUGUUGUUUUUUCAACUGAUUUAUAUAGGAAGUUUAGGAAGUUGGUGGCACCUUAAUUGGGGAGAACAGGCUCGUGGUAAUGGUCGGAGUGGUUUCCAUGUGUUUGAUGCCAUUCCAUUCGCUCCAUUUCGGCCAUUAUUAUGAGCCGUCCUCCCCUCAGCAGCCUCCACUGGUGGUAUGUAUGACAUUCAACGAUGCCAAUUAUGUACAGGAUAACCCACUGCAAUUCAGGCUACAGAUGGUAUGUCUUAUGGUUUCACGCUGACAAAGUUCCACCAGAGAGGUGAACCUCUUAAAAAGAUAUUAAGCAUUUCCAUUCCAGAUAUUUGUUUUGAAAUAUCCUUUGUAUCUGACAAACUACGCUGACUUGAAAUUAUACAAAAAAAUGUAUGUCCAAGAACUUAAAACUCUCUUUCCUUUACCUCCUUCCACUAGACUGUUUAUUAGGCUCUCUCACAGUACUCUGUUCUCGCUCUAGUAAUAGUUUUAAUGGAAUCCUUGUGGUGGCCUUCAAUGUCAACAUUCCCCAGGAAAAGCCUUCAUGAGGCAUGCCUAUUUAUUUGUUUUGACUUAUGUGGAAAUGCACAACCACAAAUCUUCAUUUUUGACAUUUUUUUUGGCAUAAUAAUGCAAAAAAAUUAUGAAUGCAUAAUAAUGUUUGCUUUGUGUUCUUUGGUCCUUGUGUGAUGUUGAUUUCUGUUUUGCUAUGAUCAAUAUUGUUUGAAUAAUUUGACCAAGUGAAAGCACAGUUGUUAUGAUCCUGUGCUAAAUGAUGAUCCAGCAGAGCUUACUUACAUCACUGCUUCCCUCUGAUUGAUACUGUAUGUGUUCAUUGUGAGGGGAUUAGGAUGAGAGAAACCUUUUCCUGUUUAAGUAACAGUACCGUGUGUUUGCUUUGUGUUCUUUGGUCCUUGUUUGUUUUCCCAAUCCUAUUAAUUCACAGAUGAAUAUUUUAUUAUUGCUCCCAUACAUGUGCUCAUGUACUAUAUAACGUUCACCCACGAGUGGAUCUUCUGUUUGAGGACUUCCUCAGGCAUUGAUGGUUUCAGAACUGAAAGAAAGAAAAAAAUCAAUGUACUUUUCAUCGGCAGAAUGGAUUAUUUUGUGAAAUAAUUAGGGAGAACACAAACAAUAUACAUUUCCACAAAAUAUUCUAAUGUACACUGCUCAACUCUCUCACUCUAAACAUUUCUCUGGAGAUUUACGGCGAUGUCCAUUUCAGUUUGCUAAACAAAUGUGUGUUUGUUUUGGCCUUUGUAUAGAGGACAGCCACAAAGGUUAAGUGGGACUCUGCCUCAGAGCCUCGUUGUUUAUAUGGCCUGAAGGAAUUCCUGAGACAUGCGAAAGAUCUGUCCCUGGAAACCGAGGCAGAGUAUCACCAACAGAAAGGACAUUCUUGCUUUCAACAGACCCAUGCUAUUUCCUGUUAUGUAUAUAAACAUGUAUUAUUGUUAGUAACUUAUCACUUAUUUUUACCCAUUUGUCAAAAAGUGUUUUGUUAAUAAAUAUCCCACAACAGGACUGAUGUUUUUAAGCAGGUAUUGCUUGUUUAGUGGGUGUAGGGUUUUGCAAUCCGGAAAGAGAUCCAAUUAGAAAUAAUAAUCACAACGAAUGACACGUUUAUUGGUUUUCAAUGAAUCCCAGUCUUGGGAUGACAGUAUGGACCUUUGUAUUUCCUCUGGCUGUCUUCAUUGUGUCUGACUCACUGUCACCUCCCUGUGUUGUGUUUUGUUUGCCUUGUGGAAAGAUUUCUUAAUUUGUUGCUUGAAAUUUUCAUGACAUUUGUGAUAUUGUGAAUAAAUUAAACAUUCUCCUUCCACCAAACCGUUCGCUAUCUCUGAAUAAAAAUGGCCUGAGGUACAUCUAACUAA